AGCAACAACAAUCACAACAACAGCGAGAGCAGCAACAGCAGCAGCUUGAUGGUCAGUGGCAUCAGCAACAACAACACGGCAGCAACCAUAUCGCACAGCAGCAACACGAACAGCAGCAGCAACAGCAACAACAACCACAUCUAUGUGAAUCCGCAUAGCUACGACAGCAACAGCACCACCGGCAGCGGCAACAUCAGUGGCUCGACGGCAAUCAUGUUGCCGCUGCCGCUCACGCUGCAACUGCUGCCCGAUCAGAGCAAUCAGAGCAGCAGCAGCAACGGCCUCAGCCUGGGCGCCAUCAGUCGGCCGGCGACAACGACCACGCUCAGCACCCUGAAUACAUAUCUGUUCCCGUGUGGCGCCGACUCGGCGGGCACCAUCGGCGGCGGCACCUUCAACGGCAGCGCCAGCUGCGAUCUGGACAGCAACUUCAGCCAAAUGGUGGCUGGCGGCAGCGAGGCGGGCAGCUCCACGGCGCACAGUCCCUGCCCCAUGGCAUUUGCUGCGGGCGGUGCAGCAGCUGGCGGCGGUGCGGCGGGUGGUGCGCUGGGACUGGCUGUCAACUUUGGUGGCUUCAUCAACAAGCGGCGCAUACGCAAACUCUUCGGCGUCGGCGGCUCGGCGAACGGCGACGGCUUCGGGCCGUACGGCUCCGCGUUGCGGCGCCGCAGCUCGCAGCUGGUGCAGUUCCACAAGAAGAAGCAGCAGAUGGAGCAGCUCGAGCAGCAGCAGCGCAUUGCCACGGUGGCCUCGGCGAAUGCGGCGUUUCUGGAGAAGCGCGAGCAGCAACAGUUGCAGCUGCAGCAGCAGCAACAGCAGCUACAGCUGCAGCAGCUACAGCAGCAGCAACAGCCGGCGAUAUUGCUGCUGCAGCCGCAGCCCGAGAAGAAGAAGAAGAAGCCGCCGGGACCGCCCCCACAGGUGCGCCAACAGGCAUCGCGCACCAUGGACGAUCCGCUAAUGAAUCGGCCGCGCAAAAGCACGCCGGCAGCUGGCAAGAAGAAGGACAAGGACAGGGAGAAGGACUUCUACAAGGACUUUGGAUAUGAGAAGUACCCAAAACAAAGCACAAAUUACUCAAAACCAAUUAAAAUAAUCAAGCAACACCUGCUGCAGAAGCAAAUGAUGAAAAUCCACCUGCUAAACCAGCUUCAAAUAUAUAUUUAUAUUUAA